UAAUGGAAUGGAGGCUCUGUCAUGUAGCCACCUUCCCAACCUCUAAACUUGAAGUUCUCAGCGGAUCCUCUGGACUGGUUUGUAGAUCUGGGAAGGGAGUGAAAUGUUGAGCAAGACGUGUCUCAGCCAGACCCGGAGAUUGUAUGCCGGGGGUUCUGCUGGCCAAUUUGUGUGAACCCUGUGUGGUAAACCCUGUCCUGGGCAUUUUGGGGCUGAGCGACUGAAGUUUCUCAACCGUUUCACAAGUGUGACUUAUAUGACAUAAAACUUAAUAAAGACGCCGUUUCAGGCCCUACUUCCAACAGACAUCAAAGCACACGGAAGCCAUGCCGGAGCAGCCAAACCCCGAGGUCCAGCCUGUUCUUUCAUCCUGUGAUCUCAGCUUCAGUAACCAGGAGCCAGUGCUCGACUAGGUGUUGGCCACAGUUUCGUCCACCUCUAAGUCUGACCGAUGUUAGUGUAUAUGACCUGCAAAGCCUGGAUCUUGCUGAGGUCACUUUCAGGUCCCAGGAAGGAGAAAGGGGGACAGAUCCCCUUUUUCCAUGCAAUGUUCUCUGUACCCAGAAUCUCCCUCUGGCCUGGGCAGAGCACGACCCUUGGCUCAGGCGAGCUCCCUUCCUCCCCCUCAGGUGGGCUCGCCUGGGGAGAGCUUGGCUGGCUGCUGCCCAGAUUGAGAACAGGGUCCCCACAGCUCUGGUACAGCGUCUUCCUGAAGGGGAGCCCCAUCGCCCAGCUGGCUCAGACUCACGGCAACGUGUUCACUGUGUGGCUGGGUUCCACACCCAUUGUAGUGCUCAGCGGCUUCCAGGCCGUGAAGGAGGCACUGGUCUCCAACUCAGAACAGUUCUCGGGGAGGCCCCUCACCCCAUUCUUCCGAGACCUGUUUGGAGAAAAAGGUGUUAUCUGCAGCAAUGGGCAUACGUGGCGGCAGCAGAGACGCUUUUGUCUGACGACUCUUCGAGAGCUGGGCCUUGGCAAGCAGGCGCUGGAACUGCGGCUGCAGCAUGAGGCAGCAGAACUGGUUAAGGUGUUCCGCCAGGAGCAGGGCAGACCCUUCGACCCUCAGGCUCCUAUUGUUCGAUCCACAACGAGAGUGAUCGGGGCCCUGGUGUUUGGCCAUCACCUCCUCUCGGAGGAGCCCAUCUUCCUGGAACUAAUUCAAGCCGUCAACCUAGGCCUAGCCUUUGCCAGCACUAUUUGGCGCCGGCUAUACGACAUGUUUCCCUGGGCCCUCCGCUACCUCUCAGGGCCCCACCAGAAGAUAUUUCAGUACCAUGAGGCUGUGAAGGGCUUCAUCCGCCAUGAAAUCAUCAGGCACAAGCUCAGGGCACCUGAGGCCCCCAAGGAUUUCAUCAACUGCUACCUGUCACAAAUCACCAAGGCCAUGGCUGACCCUGUCUCCACAUUCAACGAGGAGAACCUCAUCCAAGUGGUGAUUGACCUGUUUCUGGGCGGUACCGAUACCACGGCUACCACACUGCACUGGGCACUCAUACACCUGGUCCAUCACGGAGCCGUCCAGGAGAGAGUGCAGCAGGAGCUGGACGAGGUCCUGGGCACUUCGCAGGCCGUCUGCUAUGAGGACCGGGAACGGCUGCCCUACACCCGAGCUGUCCUCCACGAGGUGCAGCGUCUUAGCAGCGUUGUGGCUGUGGGUGCUGUGCGUCAGUGUGUGACUUCUACCUGGAUGCACGGUUACUACGUGCCCAAGGGUACCAUCAUCUUGCCCAAUCUGGCCUCUGUGCUGUAUGACCCCGAGUGCUGGGAGACCCCUCAACAGUUCAACCCUGGCCACUUCCUAGACAAGGAUGGAAACUUUGUGGCCAAUGAGGCCUUCCUGCCCUUCUCUGCAGGGCAUCGGGUGUGUCCUGGGGAACAGCUGGCCCGAAUGGAGCUCUUCCUGAUGUUUGCUACCCUCCUCAGGACCUUCCGGUUUCAGUUACCAGAAGGGAGCCAGGGCCUCAGGCUGGAAUAUGUCUUUGGGGGGACACUACAGCCUCAACCCCAGAAGAUUCGUGCCGUGCUUCGCCUGAGCAGCCUCAGCCCUAGAGAGGAGGGCCUGUAGUCACCUAGGAGUAAGCAGACCUGCCACUCCAGCCCACCCCCUGCCCUCUCCCCAAAGACACACACACAGAUCUGCAGACUGUCAGCCCUAAAAAUCAGAGACUAGGAAGAUGUGGGAUUUUACCUAGCUCAGCUGCCCACAGUUCUCACACAAGCUCUAACCUUAAUCCCAGAAAAUGGACUUAGCAAGGAUCCAGCAAUAGUAACUGGGUUAGGGUGGUUUGGUUCUUAGAGUAGGAUAAUUAUGUUUUGGCAGGGGAGGGUUUUAUAAUAUUUGAUAAGGUUUGACAUGGAAUCAGUUCACAUAGAUCAUUUGGGGGAAGUCAAAUGUCACAAUGUAAUAGCUAAGAAGAUUCAAAGGGAAAGGCUUUCCCACAAUACUAUAAACAGUAGUGCAUGCAAAUGCUGGGGAGUGGUAACUGGUGGGGUGGGAUAGGCUGGGGCAGGGUGUGUGGGCCAGGAAGCACACAUCAUUUUCGGUCCUCUUCCUGCUCUCUUUGGACCCGAGGUUAGAAGUAGCUACAUAUGUUGUCUAGAUAACUGUUCCCAUCGUAUUUUCCAUCAGGGACCCCAGAUCUACUUUUCUUGAAACAAUCCCAUUGCUUUGAAAUAUUGUGUCUCCAAACAAAUCUUAUUAAAGAGAAUUACUUGCUUUCAAUAGAUAUUAAAAUAAAAACGAGAAACCACUACACAUCUGCUAGAAUCGCUAAAAACAAAACUCUGGCAAUCCUAAGAACUAGAAUGCAAAGACCCAAGAGCACUGCUGGUCACUGCUAGAGUGCUCACACACUGCUGGUCACUGCUAGAGUGCUCACACACAGCUGGUGACUGCUAGAGUGCUCACACACCGCUGGUCACUGCUAGAGUGCUCACACACCGCUGGUCACUGCUAGAGUGCUCACACACCGCUGGUCACUGCCGGAGUGCUCACACACUGCUGGUCACUGCUAGAGUGUUC